UUAUAAGUGACCUGCCAUCAGGUGAGGGCUGAGGCUCGACUUUCCAACUUCUCCAGACUUCCCCGCACUUCUCCACAGCCCUGGAAGAGCUUUAAUCAGCAUGGCUACAAACGCCCAAGAAAUCAUUUAUGAACAAAUAGAAGAGACUAAAGAAAACGUAUACGAGAAGCCGUUCGAGAGCAUAAAUGACAACCCGGAGCCGAAAUACGAGAAUCAAGGCGUGAGUAAGGAACUCCCCGAAGAACCGAUGUACAGCACGAUCAAUCAACCAGACUAUAUGGACACGAGAGGAACAUCUCAAGACGGAGAAGAACAGCCUUCACCUCCCAGUGAACCAGGAGAGCAGCUCGAGAGCGAGAUCAUGGUCGCCUCUCUGCAGAAUGGAGACGUUUACGGAUCUUCAUCUGUAGAAGAAAGCGGAGACCCAUGUGAUGACCAGCCCUCGUUGGUCCACGAAGACCUGCUCAUGGCGUACAGUCUCCCAGAAGACGGAUCUCCCGAACCCGAGGAGGUAGUUGACUACAGCCUGAAGGACGUGGAGAUCCGCGCCGCGGAAGAGCCAGCGGCAGUCUCCGACCAGACUCAGCCGAAUAUUGCGCUUUUUGUGAAGGCCGGUUGUGAUGGCGAGAGCAUCGGAAACUGUCCGUUCUCUCAACGCCUCUUCAUGAUCCUCUGGCUCAAAGGCGUGGUCUUCAACGUCACCACUGUUGACCUGAAGAGGAAACCAGCUGAUUUGCACAAUUUGGCUCCGGGCACUCAUCCUCCUUUCCUGACCUUCAACGGUGAGGUGAAGACAGACAUUAACAAGAUCGAGGAGUUUCUGGAGGAGGUUUUGGCACCACCAAAGUACCCCAAACUUGCAGCCAGGCACAGGGAGUCAAACACAGCUGGGAAUGACAUAUUUGCAAAGUUCUCAGCUUUCAUAAAAAACACUAAGCCAGAUGCGAACGAAGCUCUGCAGAAGGGUCUGACAAAGGCGCUCAUGAAGCUGGACGAGUACCUGAACAGUCCUUUGCCUGAUGAGGUAGACGCCGACAGCAUGGAGGAGGAGAAGGCCUCCGACCGCAGGUUCCUGGAUGGGAAUGAUCUGACUCUGGCAGACUGCAACCUUCUGCCAAAGCUCCACAUAGUGAAGGUCGUGGCCAAGAAAUAUCGGAACUACGACAUCCCCAGUGAUUUGACAGGCGUGUGGCGUUACCUGAACAAUGCGUACGCGCAAGAAGAGUUCACCAACACCUGUGCCGCCGACAACGAGAUCGAACUAGCAUACAUGGAUGUGGCUAAAAGGCUAACUAAGUAAACCGAUGAACAAAUUCGACGCAUAUAGACUUGGGGUAGCUCAUUUCUCGGGGGAAGAGAUGACGUUUUCUAUGUAAUUCAAAGCUGUUGAUCCCGAACUACAAGUCAGUAGUUUCAUUCAUCCAGGGUCCUGUUAAUCAAUAAGGGCCGGUGCUCUGAUGUAAUUACCGUGAAAUGUGAAUACAAAAUAUCAGCUCAUAUUCACCAGCUCUCGUAAACAUUGUCCCAAGUGACUUCUAUUGUAUCUCUAUUUAAAGAGAUUUCACAUUACUGUUUUCUGUUGUUUUACUCUGUUUAUCAUAUCAUGCACUGAUUCUCGAGGCACUGGAACAGCAUGCCCCACAACUUUAAUUGCAUCGAGACCGAAUUAAAGAUUUGCCACUAGAAUAUUUACAUCACCUUCUGUCAGCCCAAAACAUAAUUCUUUACAAAGAUUUAAAUAUAUAUAAAACUAAUAUCCAAAUAAUAAAUUGACACAUACCUUACUUUUUAAAAUCAGAGGUAAAAUUAACAAUGUCUCUUAAGUGUUUAAUUAAUGUGAAUUAUACUAUUAUAUUAGAAAAAUGAUGCAUCUGAAUAUAUCUUAAAGUUUAAUUUCCUGUCUGCAGUGUCACGCGACCCUUCAGAUAUCUUACAAUAUGCUAAAAAUUACUUACCAGUGUUAAAACAGUAAUAUUGUUGUGGAAAUUAUUUUAAAAAAGUCAUUAUUUGCAAGUCUUUACUGACGCUUUUGAUCAAUGUAAUGCAUCCUUGCUGAAUGAAUAUAUAUAUAUAUAUAUAUAUAUAUAUAUACAUAUAUACAUAUAUACAGCACUCACAAACAAACAUUUGAAUGAUAGUAUGAUAGUAUAGAAUUUUGUCGGUACUCAAGAAUCGGUGCAUUGCAUAACCUGUCGUAUAUACGUGACAGCCGUUUAAGCAUUUCAAAUCCGUAUUUCAUCUCCAAUCGUUUUACAGUAUCUGUCGAUAUUGCUUUCUGUUAUGUUUUUGUUAUUAUUUGUGUACAAUGGGUAAAAAAGAUCUCUCGUGAGCAGCAGGACAAGCGAAGCGAAAAGGUUGGUCCGUCCCGGGCAGCUUUAUAACCAAUCAUACAACAUUUGUACAUGUCUCAUGCAUUUUUUUACCCCAAAGGAGCACUCGUCUUUAAAUACAUGAUGAUUUAAUGAGGUGCUAAUUUAAUAUGUGCCUUCGUUAGAAGAAAUGCAGUGUGGCAAAUCCAGCGUAUUAUUGCUGUCAUUGAUCAUUUGUACACGAAUAUCCUGCUCUUUUAAAGUUUCCGCAAACGGUUUACAGAAAUAUCUCGAAUCUUCAUUGCCUCAUCAUGUAAUUUGCUCGUAAAGUACAACUUUUUCUCAGUCUUUCCUCUGUUAUUCCUCACGACUCGUAUCAUUUUGUCUUCUCGUUUCAUUUUGGCUUAUCUCAAAGCGCUUAACAUCAUUCGGCGCUGGAUACAUCAUGCUGAAAUAUUUAUUCACAGCCCCGUUUAUAGGAAAUUAACGAGCUGACAUGGAAAGGAGAUUCGGGAUACACGGCGGUCCACCGAAAUGGAGAAUAAGGAAAUCUGAUCGGGCGUCUGUCCAGGUCUCCUCCUCUCCACUUAGCACUGCUGGAAUAUCGUAGGGCCCAUGAUAGGUCCUUGUGGAGCUCCUGCUCUUGUGUGGUUUGGAAAAGCGUUUGAUAUGAAAUGAGAGUGUGGCGCCAGAGAGGCCUGUUCCGAGUGAAGCUCUAUGAAUAAAAUAAUAUUUUCACA